CGUGUUGGAUCUUUGUUUUAUCAACCAAAGGUGCCCAUCAUGGACAAAGCAGAGCUCAGCAAAGCUUGAUCCUCAAACCCAAAAAAUUGGCUAUGGAAUACCUUCUUCAUAGUUUUCUGCAAUGUCUUGGGGCAGCUCCAUUGUGCCAAAUUGCUUUGACACAAUAAUAAAUAACAAGAUCACUAUGUAUUGGCGUGUUGUAUCAUGUGCAAGCUAGUGCACAACAUUAUGGAGGAAGCUUUACUUUCACAUACCUCGGCAUAUUAUGGACUGGGAGUCGCGCAAGAGAAGCAUCGUUUUUGAACUUGGACUUUGGUCAGCUGAUGUACUUUGUUUACAGGAGGUUGACAGAUUUCAGGACUUGGAGGCUGAAUUGCAGUUGCGUGGAUACAAAGGAAUAUGGAAGAUGCGGACUGGUGAUGCAGUGGAUGGGUGUGCAAUAUUUUGGCGUGGUUCUAGAUUGAAGUUGCUUCAGGAAGAUUUUAUUGAAUUCAAACAGCAUGGUCUUCGUGAUAAUGUUGCCCAGAUAUGUGUAUUUGAGUUAUUGGAUCCUCAUGCUUGUCACAGUAGCACAACUUCCACUACAUGCUCAUCAAAUACUAAUAAAGUUGUAAUAUGUAAUGUUCACGUGCUUUUCAAUCCUCGAAGGGGUGAGAUGAAGCUUGGACAGAUAAGACUGCUUCUUGAUAGGGCUGAUCAUUUUUCAAAACUUUGGAAUGGUGCUCCAGUUGUAAUUUGUGGAGAUUUUAACAGCACGCCCAAGAGUCCGCUCUACAAUUUCAUUGCUGAACAAAAGCUGGACAUAUCAGAAGUAGCUCGAGAUAAGGUUUCUGGGCAGGAGUCGGGAACAUUAUAUUCACCGAAGCGCUCACCUUCUGUAAAGAGGGCCCCUUGUUCAGGGGAUUCUGUUAAAGGCUCUACGGUCUCACACGAAGGAGAAGGCGGAGAGAGAUGUUCCAAAUUAGAUGUAAGCACAUGCUCUCCAGAAAUUGCAUCAGGAGACGGUUUUUCCAGAGGUAGCAGAUGCCAAGCUCAGAAUUCUGUAGUAAAUGAGUCCGGUGCAUCAAUUGUGGGUCUCCACUUUGAAGAUAAAAUUCAUAAAAGUACAGAGGCAACAAUAGAAGAUUUGCACGCUUCCCACAGAUCUCCCUCUGUUCCUCUCAGUGCCUCAAAGGAUAGUCAACAUAUCUCUCGUAAUGAAUAUUCAAUAUCAUCAACGUUAGAUGAAGACAGCUCUAAGACUAUUGAAAGCGGGCAUGGUGAAAAUUCCAGCUCAGAUGCUAUAUCAAACUCACACAUAAAUAUUUUGGAUCCAGACACACAUUCAGAUCUUGAGUCAAUCUGCUACAAGGAAGAAGGAUCUAUUGGCGAAAAUCAUCCUAGAAAUGAAAAUAAUGGUAUGUUGUCUGAAGAUUUUGCUCCAAAAACAGAUAGAUUUAGCAAGCCAUCUGAAUUGGCUGUUGCACCUUUAGAUAAGACAAUGGAGAAUUUAUCACUGGAUAGGGUGUUUGGAGGGGCAGGAGAUCAGUCUUCUGGUGAAGACUCUGAAAUAUUUUUGUCUGAGAUAUGUGGUGUAUCUGAAUCCACUGACUUUCAAGCAUCUGAGUUAAAAGAAUUAGAUGAACAGUCUAAGCCAUCUGCCGUUUCUCACAGGGAAAAGUCACUUCAAUUAGGGGAAGAUUUCCUCAAUGAUUACCGUGAUGCUGAUUUUCAGGCCACUUAUGAUCCAUCAGCUUGGACACCAAUGGAGAUUCAAACUGCAACAGGAAGUGUUGAUUGCACAAUAAUGGAACACCCUUUUAAGCUAAGCAGCGUUUAUCGAGAUGUUGAGGAUGUCACAGGAACAAGAGAUUCUAUCGGGGAACCUGAGGCUACCAGUUACCACCGCUGCUUCCUCGGCACAGUUGAUUAUAUAUGGCGUUCUGAAGGUCUUCAAACGGUGAGGGUGCUUGCUCCAAUUCCAAAACAGGCCAUGCAGUGGUUCCGGGGAUUCCCCACAAAAAAAUGGGGAAGUGACCAUAUUGCAUUGGUGUCUGAGUUGGCCUUCACCGGAGAACGUUCCCCUGCCAAGUAGUCGGCACUGCACCCUUUUGCUGGCAGUUUCUGCUCUUCAUAACUUUUAUUCAGAGCUUUUUGUACAGGUUUUUCUUGAACUAUACUCUCAUUAAGCUCCACCUUUCAAAAAUUCAGAAUUUCAUACAGAGUGACUGACUGUCCAAUUUUUCAUUCAGAGGUUUCAUUUUUAUUUAUGAAAUGAAUAGGCCGAGCGACCAUUGAGAUUGUAUU